AUGAGACGAAGAAGAGGAAGCAGUGAAAGAGAGAGUGAGAGAAGUGGUCACUUUGAUGAGAAGAGGGCGUAUUAUGAACGAAGAGAGGCAGGAUACUACAAGAAGGAGAGAAAGAGAGGAAGAGGAAGAGAGAGGAAGGAGAUGGAGGAGAUGGAGGAGAACUACAGGGCAGAGGUGGAUGAGAGGAACAGGAAGGAGGAGAUGAAGAGGAGACUGGAGGAGGAGAUAGAGGAGAAAUACGGGGAGGAAGAGGGAGGAAGAAGCAGGAAGUUGAUGCUGGUGAAUCUAUCAGUUUAUGCAACUGAAGAAGACGUAGCAGAGGCACUGGAAGAGGAGGGGAUUCAGGGGAUGCAGUUGCGGGUGCUGGUUGAUAGGCGAAUUGGGCUGUGCAACGGAAUUGGAUUCGUGACACUUCAGAACGAGGAGGUGGCUGAGAGGGCAGCAGCUGUUUUGAGAGGGAAGGAAAUCAAAGGAAGAAAAGUGAAGGUGAGGGGAGUAUAG